AUUUUGAUAUGUCUGUCAUUAGUAGAUUAUAUAUUCGAUACAGUUUAUGUAGAAAGCAGAUUGUAUCUGAAUUUAAUAGGCUUAUACGGCCAUAUAACAUUUUUUAUACACUAACCUGCUACGAAUUGACAAUUUUAUCAUUCCUUCGAUGUAAUUCCUUGUUCUUAGAUCUGCAUCAACUAGCACCAAGCAGUUGCCUGGUUACUAUUAUAAUCUAAGGUUAUCAUAUACGCCAGAUAGAUUUUGGUUACAAAAUGUUCAAAUAAUUUUUGUAUAACAUUACACAAUAGAUAUUAUUUAGAAUCUCUUACAAUAUUAAAAGAUGGCACGGAAAGAAGAACCUAAAAUUCAACCCAAUAACGAUUUGGAGAAGAAAAUUAUAGAGGCAUUUGAAGUAUUCGAUCACUCUGGUAAACAAGUGGUUGAUGUACGAGAAAUUGGAACCAUUUUACGUUCCCUGGGAUGUUGCCCAACCGAAGCAGAAAUACAAGAAGUGAUCCUAGCGACUGAGAACAAGGAGGCGACUGGGAAUGUACCGCUCGUCAACUUUCUCCCAUACAUGUGUAAAGUUAUGAUAGAGCACAGGUUCUACCCGGCUAGUGCAGAGAUGCUGUUAGCUGCGUUCCGUUAUUUCGACCCCGAGGCUCGUGGAUUUCUCACCAAAGAAAGGUUCACGCAACUCAUGAUGGAGGAGGGGGAACCUUUUACCCAGGAGGAGUUCGAGGAGAUGAUGCAGACGGCCCUGAACCCUGUCACCGACACGAUCACCUACGAGUAUUACAUCAAUCAACUCAUGGUGGCUCCUAAAGAAGUGUACAAUCUUGCGGAUUCUAUGGAAGAAGAGCGAAGGAGAACUGAAGCGGCGGCACCGAAAAAACGUCGCGCCUCCUCAUUGCUGAGGGCUGCUCAAUAUUGAUAUAUUUCAUCUUAGUAGAAGAGGAAAUCACUAACACUGUGGAGCCACCGAAGUAACUGAAUUGCCAGUAAUCUUAAUCAUCCCUUCAAAUAUCAUACUCAACAUAUAAAAAUACUCACUGAUAUUUGUAAAACAAAAUGUUUGUAGAAUAAAAGCACUGAGACAUUU